AUGCCACCAAAGAAACAUCUAAAGCUUCCAAAGUUCUCGAAACAGCCUAAGCAACUCAAGCAGCAGGAGGCGAUGCCCCAGACCUCCGAGGAUUAUCUCGAGGAAGCAAUAUCAAAGGAGGAGUACGCUGACAGAUGGCUAUUGUCAGACGUUGCAAAGUCUUUGAGAGCAUACCAGGAGUCGUUUGACUACUACUCCAGGUCAAUUGCGCUGUCCAAUGGUGGAAGUUCCGAUCACGUGUACAACAGGCUGAGGCUGCUCUUCCACGUUUACGAGACGUAUAAGGAUGUUCCCAAGAGUAUGCUCACAGGGUGUGAUGGCUGUACUGUUCACCUCACAGGGCUACAAGGCGUUAUGAGGGAGUACCAGGCUGCUGGCUGGGUCAAUUGGGAAUGUGCUUAUAACCAGGUGCUUCUCAAUAUGGAGGCGAUGGAACAAGAAGGUGUAAUGGCCGAACAGGUCGUUGGCCUGCUAAACGGGAGCAUUGCUCUCAUCAAUAGCAUCUUGAAAGUGCAACUCCUUGAGCUGGACUCGUUUCUGCAAAGGUUAGAGGCUGGCGAGUCAGAGACUCCUACGGAGACUCAAGGUGAGGGUGACAUGUACGAACAGAUCGUCCCCAGUACGGUGUUGGAUACGCUGAUUACAGCCUGGAGAAUGGUGUUCACAGCAAUGCAAUCUUGUGAUACCUUAGAGGAGCUGAGGCUGGUAGCUGGCGAAUCUCAAGUGUUUCUGGGUCAAUUGGACGAUGGCCUUACGCUGCUGGAGCGAUUUGCACCAGGAAAUGAUGAUCCAUUCCAGCUCAACAUUAAACAGGGCGAGUUGGAUGAGCUCUCUCUAGUGAAGUCCUGUAUAUAUGGCAUUCAGACUGUUGAGCUGGCACCACUGGUGAAUCUCUGGGAGUCUAUGGCAUUGAUAACCAGCUCGAAAUGGCUGGCACAGGCGGACUCUUUCAUCACGUUGCUCUCCUUUGUACAGUUCAGCGAGGAAGACCAAUGGACAGUUAUAUCUCAUGCACUGAAGGCAUUGAAACUUGCACAGGAUACGCUGACGUCCGAGUUGAACGAGGAGAAGAGCGCAAAGGGUGCGAGAGUUUCCGCACUGGUUGGCAAGAUUGUUGAAGUGUUGAUAUCCAGAGCUGAUAAUGAACUGUUGAGAGCUUCAUUAACCUGUGAUGCUGCUGUUCAGCACCGUGACACAUUGAAGAGCAAUGCCAUAAAUCUAUUGAAAUCUGGACUAAACUAUUCGCAAUCUAAUGUUGGCUUGAGAGAACCCGUACUGGACAAGAUCCAGAGGAACAAGCUCAAGAGAGAGUGCGUUGUUCGUCUGCUGAUAUUGACAAAGGAUGUCCUUUCCGUUGAAGAUCUAGUGAGAAAUCUUGGUAUGGAGUUCUGGGAAUCAGAGUGGACGGAGAUGAGGAGCCAUCCCUUAUAUUCAAAGUUCCCCAUAGUAUCUACAGUAUGA